AUGUCCUCCUCCAAGCGACAACGUCCUACCGCGGCCGACGAUGACAACGAUCCCUCCAUCUCACCACCCCCUGUCAAGCGCAAGGUCCAGAGCACUGUCACCAACGGUGCCGUUGCGAACUUCUUCAAGCCCACAUCCCAGAAGAAAGACCAGCCCCGAGUCGCCUGGUCAGAGCGCGCCCCAGACGAUGAUUCGCCUGCUACACUGCUUGUCGGACGGUACGAGGGCGGUGGCAUCGCAGACGAGCCAUCGAACAACAAGAGGAGAAAAGUCGCUGCGUUCGACCUCGACUCCACACUGAUCACUUCGGCUUCUGGCAAGAAGUUUGGCAGCGACCCUUCGGACUGGAAGUGGUGGGACAGCACAGUCCCAGCCAAGCUGCGGAGUAUCUACCAGGAUGGAUACCGCGUCGUCAUUUUCUCUAACCAGAAUGGCCUCUCCUUGCACCGAGAGCCUGGUGCAAAAGGCCCCGACAACACGAAACGAGUCGCCCCGUUCAAGCAGAAGAUCAGCGCAGUCCUAGCCCAGCUCGACAUCCCCACCUCUAUAUACGCCGCGACGGGCAGGGACAUCUAUCGCAAGCCCAGGAUAGGCAUGUGGAAGGAGCUCUGCGAGGACUAUCACUUGGAAGAUAUCGACAAGGACGAAAGCAUCUUUGUCGGCGACGCUGGCGGACGCGUCGCUGUGCCGGCCUCCGGAGGAAAGAAGGCCAUAUCAAAGGACUUCAGCUGUUCCGACCGCAACUUCGCCCACAAUGCGGGUAUCAAGUACCAAACACCCGAGGAAUUCUUCCUCAAUGAGCAGCCUCGGGAGUUUUCGAGAGAUUUCGACGUCUCAUCGUACACAUUCCCGAGCCAUGACGACCAAGUAGAAGAUGUAGUUUUCGAGAAAAAGAACGACAAGGACAUCGUGCUGUUCUGCGGACCACCAGGAGCGGGCAAGAGCACCUUCUACUGGAGGUACUUGAAGCCUCUGGGAUACGAAAGGGUCAACCAGGACAUCCUGAAGAGCAAAGACAAGUGCUUCAAGGCUGCCAAGGAGCAACUUGAGAAGGGAGAGUCGAUCACGGUCGACAAUACGAACCCAGACCCCGAGGUACGAAGUCAAUGGAUCGAUCUCGCCAGACAGGCAGGUGUACCAAUCCGAUGUGUAUGGUUCAAGACACCGCUGAGCCUGGCUGAGCACAAUGAUGCCGUCAGGGCCUUGAAUAAGGACAUGAACCCAGAAGCGAGGACUGCUCUACCUAAGCUCGCAUUCAACGGAUUCGCCAGUCGAUUUAAAAAGCCGAGCAUCAAGGAGGGCUUCCAGGACGUUGUCGAGGUCGACUUCAAGUUCCGCGGAACCAAGGAGGAGUUUGCGAUUUGGGCAAGCGUCCUGAGACGUUCACAAUACCUGCCACCAUGUGCUAUCGACCUUACGACCGCUACCUUUGCGGCCACCGAGUUUACCGGCCCUGGGCCAUACGCUGCCGCGACAGGCCCUGUCCCAACAGUGACAGCUGGCCGAAGCGUCAAGACUGGUAUUUACAGAUACUCUGCAAAGAGUGUGGCCGGCGGAGACUUCAUAAAGCAGCUAGACAGGCUCAAUAAAGAUGACCAUCUUGAUACUCAAACCCAACGUGCCAAGAAACGCAGAUCAACUUGGUGA